UUCCGGGUUGCUGGACGUGAACUCCGAAAGAGACAGAACUCACCGGCAGGGGUCGAAGUCCGGGUCCGGGUCCGGGUCCGGGACGCCUCUGUAACGAUUCCUCCGCAAAGUAACGACGGGAGCGCGCGGACUCGUGACUCAGAGCCUCGUGCUGGACCACGUGAGGACAGCACGAGAGGAAAACAAAACACUGCCAAAGUGACAAAGUCCUGGACGGGGUCUCUCUGGUCAUGCGGGUCUCCCGGGUCUCGGACCGGCUCCUGCUCUGUGAUCUGGACUCGGCCCUCAGCGUCUCCGUGCUGACCAGCAGGAACGUGACUCUGAUCGUGAACGCCAGCGGUCUGGAGGACAUCAGCUACCCGCCGCUGGACGGGCUGCAAGUCCUCCACGUCCCCGUCCAAGACCGGCCCCACGCCCCCCUCGGCCAGUACUUCGACCCGGUGGCUGAAAGAAUCCACCAGAACCAAAGCGGGGCCACGCUGGUCCACUGCACUGCGGGCCGCAGCCGCUCGCCGGCGCUGGUCAUGGCCUACCUGAUGAGGUUCCAGGGCCGCAGUCUCCGUCAGGCCCACGAACUGGUUCUGGCUCAGCGGCCCUUCGUCCGGCCGAACGCCGGCUUCUGGAGGCAGCUGCAGGACUACGAGCGCCGCCUGUUUGGCAGAAGCUCCGUCAGGAUGUCGACCACGUCCGCCGGAGUCCUGCCCGAAGCCCUGCAGGACCCGGACCAGAGCGCCGAGGACUCAGCCCGCCCCGCUGCAUACUGCAUCAACAUCUGA